AUGGGAGAACAUUUCAAAGAUCCGUCUAAAAGCUUCGUAUGCUCCUUCUCUAACUGUAAAGCUUCCUUUUCCAAAUUAUGGAAGCUGGAAGCCCAUUACUGUAAACACACUGGGCUGAGACCUUUUGCAUGUGAUAGCUGUGAUAAAAGUUUUUGCAUCCGCUCCCAGCUCACCAGGCACCACAUGAGGCACACUGGGGAGAAACUAUACCAAUGUUCAGUGGAUGGAUGUUCGGAGGGCUUUAUCAGCACGGCAGGGUUAAAGAACCAUACUGAACGUGUGCACCAGCACAAAGAGCGUUACUAUGUGUGUGACUAUGAGGGUUGUCUGAAAGAGUUUCGUAAGAAUAAGCAGCUGAAGUCUCACAAAUGUGAGCACACAAACCAGUUACCAUUCGAAUGCGAGUUUGAGGGCUGUGGGAAGAAGUACACUACCUCGAAAAAACUACAAAAACACGAAAGAGUGCAUGAUGGAUAUCCGUGUGCAGAAGAGGGCUGUGCCUUCCAGGGAAAGACCUGGACGGAGUAUCAGGCGCACAGGAAAAUGGAGCACAGAGAGGCUCUGCAGUGCGACAGCUGUGCAAAAGUUUUCCAGAAAGCCAGGUUUCUAAAGCGGCACAGGCUGUCUGUCCACUUGGGUGUACGGCGUGUGUUUAAGUGCACCAAGGAGGGCUGCCUGAAAACCUACGCCACACACUUCAAACUCCAGAAUCAUAUCCUUUCCUUACAUGAGGGCAAGUGCCCCUUCAUCUGCCCUCAUGAUGGUUGUGGGAAAGCAUUUGCCAUGGAGGAAAGUCUGAAGCGACAUGCUGUAGUCCAUAACCCUCAGAAGAAAAAGAUGCAGAAAACCAAACAAGGAUGGAAGAAGGAACUUGAACUGAAGACGAAGGUUUCGAAUACUUCUGAACUGACUGCACAGCUGCAGAAUCUCUCUCUGAGCAAGCCCACAUCCCAGAACAACCCAUGAACAUCAGGCGGUCAAUGAGAACUUGUCAGUCGACUUGAAAUUCACUGUCCACUAUAA